GCAGCUUCGAAAAGGAAGAACGCCCAGCGUGCCUCCUCCAACGUCUUCUCCAUGUUUGAGCAAUCACAGAUUCAGGAGUUCAAAGAGGCGUUUGGCUGCAUCGAUCAGGACAGAGAUGGCGUGAUUAAGAAAUCUGACCUGAAAGAAACUUAUGCACAGUUAGGGAAACUGAACGUGAGUGAUGAGGAACUAGAGGCCAUGCUGGCUGAGGGAAAAGGCCCCAUCAACUUCACUGUCUUUCUUGCCCUUUUUGGAGAAAAACUCAAUGGAACUGACCCAGAAGAGACUAUCCUAAAUGCGUUUAAACUGUUCGACCCCGAUAGCACCGGCUUUGUCAAGAAGGAUGAGUUCAAAAGGCUUCUGAUGAACCAGGCGGAUAAGUUCACAGCCGACGAGGUGGAGCAGGCAUUUGCUUUGGCUCCAAUCGACGUUGCUGGAAACAUUGACUACAAAUCUCUUUGUUACAUAAUCACACAUGGAGAUGAAAAAGAGGAGUCAUAA